UUGCGCGUAAUUCUGACGUUUCAAAUCACAUAACCUUAAAUUUUAUUGUUUCUGAGCGUUUGAUUUUGUUGAAUUUCGAGUGAAAUUUUGUGGGUUUUCUUAAUAAAAGACAGCUCAUAUUGAACUAGAAAGUCUCUAGAUGCCAUGGAAGUGACUCCGGAGAAGCCUGUGGCGGACUCUUCCCGCGGAAGUCGCCAUACUCCAACGCCUCAGAUGUCGGAGAGGAAGAGAUCCCUCUUCGGUCGAUGCAACACUGCCAAUAUGUGCCUCACUGUUGACGAGGACUCGGAUUUGGGUCCGAUGAGCCCCAUUCGAUACAGUCCUGUGGAGGAGGAAGACUUAGCAAAUGACGGACUAAAGUGCAGUUUUCGCAAUAUUCUGCGGGUGAAGUCAACCUCUCCGGACAUUGACGAGGCAUCCAACAUAAGCUCCGUCAUUUCUGAUCAAGCCUCAAAGAUUCCAGAUCUGCUGAAGUCUUUCAAUUCCGAAGAUCUACAGGAAAAAGACAAAGAAAAUUGUCCGGAAGCAUCAAUGAAGACGCCGGAGGUGGAUAAACAGAACUACUGUAGGGAUCUCAGGAUCUCUUUCAAGAAAUCCCUAAUUCUGGGAGACAUUGGAAUACCUCAAGCUUUGGCUGGGAAAGGGACACGGAAGUGGUUGGCUAAGUGGAACGGUGACAAUGAAGAGCAGAGUCCCAAUGGUAAGGUUCCAAAGCCCGAUGGUGAAUGGAAUGGGGAGAAUCCCAAAGCAAAGACGUCACUUUCCUUUGAGCCCCCAGCCAUUUCACCUUUGCGUUUCUACACGCCGGAUGUUACAAAGACCAACCGUCGGGUAGUGUUUAUGCAUACUGCAGCCACCACAGGUAAGAGAUAUUCAAAGGGGGCGAAGAAAGUUGGGUUGAUUAAUAAGGGAGUGAGGCAUAAGAUCACAAAACCAUCGCUGAAGGCAAUUCAUAAAGCUCAGGAGAAGAAAAGUAAAGUUGUAAAGAAGGCGGAGGAGAAAGUGAAGGAGAACGGUAAAGAACAGAUUUCGACGAGUCAAAUUGAACGGGUCAAUAGGAUUUUGAAGAUGGCUCAGAAUCCUAUUGAAAUGGCUCGGCCAUUGUGUAGAGAAUCAGAAUCUGAUGAAGAGGUUGAGGAGGGGGAGGAGGUGGAAGAGGAAAUGUGUGAGGAGGAAGUACCCGUUAGUUCAAAGAAGUUUUUCAAAACUGGAACCAAGCGUACCAAAAAGUACCAAUUGACAAAUACUUUGUCAGCUACUGUGGACCGUGGGAAGUUGUCUUUGGUGCCACUGAAGAAGAGGAAGAAGAUCAGGCGAAUGUUUGAUGAUAUUCAGGAUUCCUUCAGGGAUGAACGCAAUGAGGUAAACAGCAUUAUUAAUCAAUUGACAGCUGAGGAGGAGGCAGAAGUCGAUGGGAUUAUUGCGAAGAUUCAGAGUGAUCCGGAUGAGGAAUUUAGGAAGCGUUUACCGUACAAAACAUCCGAUCCGGCACUCAUUAGCCGUCAAAAGUCCAUUUUGGAGUUGUUGAUCAGCAAUAAAAAGUGCACAGAAGAGACUUUCAAGGUAUUCAUUGCUGAACCAGAAGCUCACAAAGCUCAAGCUGCAAGGAUUCUCGAUGAGAUGUUUUAUUUGACAACUGAAGAUAGCACUGCCGUCACAGAGAAGACGAACGAGAAGGUUUUUCCGAUAUUUCAGAAAGAAUUUCAACCUCAAGAAGAAAAUGUCAAGGAUGGGCAUGGCAAGAGGCCGGUGAAACGUCUCUGGAGACCAAUUGGCUCUGGACAGAUGCAAAUUGAUGCGGGACAGAAGGAAUUUGGAGCAAAAUACUGCAGUGAGUGCAAUCUUGUGUAUUCAAUGCAUGAGCCUGAAGAAGAAAAACUCCAUCAGGAUUUCCACAAUGCGCUCAAUUGUAUCAAUUUCCGUGGCUGGCAGACGGAAAAUGUUGUGCUCAAUGUACCCGAAUGGGGCCCAAAGGGCAGAGUUAUUUGUGUCCAGAACACAGAUUCCAAGCCCAAGAUCAGUCGCGUUAAGGAAUUAAUUGAAAUUGUUGAUGCUGAAUUGGGAGCUUUUCCCAAGGACAUUCCCCCUAAAGCCAUCACCUACCUAGCUGUGGCCUAUCAACAGAUCGUAGGUGUUUGCGUGGCUGAACCAAUUUCCUCAGCCAAUCGCCUCGUUCAGCGCAAUGGAGUGGAUUAUUUCUCGGAGGAAUCCUUCCCAGCUCACUGUGGCAUCCUUAAACUCUGGACAGCAUUGCCAUUCAGGGGUCAGGGAGUUGCCAGACAACUUCUCAAAGCUGUUCAGAUUCACUUUGUCUUUGGCCAUGUUCUCACUUUUGAUCAAAUUGCCUUCAGUUCUCCCACAGAAGCAGGCAGAAAUACUGCACAAAAACUCUCCGGAAGGGUCGAUUUUCUCGUUUAUCCCUAAAAUUCCUCAAAAUAAAAAUGAUAAUUUUAAUUUCAAAACGUUCAAAACUUUGUGUCAUUCAAAAGUACUCUCUAAGUAUUUUAUUACAUACUCAAAAGUGCUCUCUAUAGCAAGAAAAUAUAGUCUCAAAAAAAGUUCAAUUAAUUUUGCCAUAUUUUUUUUUAAAAAUACUUUAGACUUCUUAGGAUUUCUCUAAAAGCUCAUUUGAAAUUUUUAGGCUAAUUCGAGUGGGUCCAAGAACUAAUAAAAAGUUCACUGUCUUAUUUAGCAAUAUGAGUAUUUGUGGAUUUUUGUAUUAUUUUUUCAAUAAAUUUGUUUGAAAAAAGAAA